AGAACCACACCUAUCCAUCCACCUCUUCUUCUAUAUUGCUUCUUAAUUCCCGUUUUACAUCGUCUUCGUCUUCAAGUUCAUCAGAAUCAUGGGAGUUUUCACAUACGAGCACGAGCACACCUCCACGCUGCCUCCGGCUAAGCUUUACAAAGCUUUCACUAAGGACUCCGACGAGCUGAUCCCUAAGGCCGUUGAGCCCGUCCAGAGCAUCGAAAACGUCGAGGGCACCGGCGGCCCUGGCACCGUCAAGAAGCUCACCAUAGUUGAAGGAGGGAAGACACACCAUGUGUUGCACAAAGUGGAAGAAGUGGACGAAGCAAGCUAUGUAUACAACUACAGCAUAGUGGAAGCCGGCGAUCUGCCGGAGACGGUGGAGAAGAUCUCGGUGAACACGAAGCUGGUGGAGGGUCCGAACGGAGGAACCGUCGUGAAGAUCUGUGUGAAGUACAUCACGAAAGGCGACGCAGCGCCCAGCGAUGAGGAGCUCAAGACCGGUAAGGGCAAGGGCGAUGCUCUCUUCAAGGCCAUCGAGGCUUACCUCUUGGCUCAUCCUGAGUACAACUAAUUAAGUGAUUAUUGAUCACUUAAUUAUUAUGCCUUCAAUUUAAUCGGCGCCUUAAUUAAGGGUUUGUGUGUUGCUGCUUUGUGUCGGUUGGUUUGUGAUCUGCGAUCGAGGAGAUAUAUAUAUAUAUCUAUAUAUCUAUAUAUGUUAUGAUGUGCUUUGUAAUUUCAUGAAAAAAGCUCGAGCUCUGUUUUGAUCUGUGUUUGAUAUUAAUAAUAAGGCUAUAUCUACAUCAA